GACUUGUACGCGUUCUCUCAAUGUGCCAGCUAUCGUAUAUUGAUAAAUAUAAAUAGGUAUGUGGUCGAACUACUCCGAGUCAACACGGCUGUCUUGAGGACCUCAGUAGCAAUCACACCACUGAACAGAACAUACAUCUUCAUUUACCAGUUUAAAAUCCAAUAAUGGGUCUCGAUAUUAAAUCAGUGUUGAUUGUUGACGGAGUUGGCGCUAAUUGCGCGGAGAUACUGAAGUCUCAUGGUAUCGAGGUAGCAUCAAAAGCUAAAAUAAGCAAAGAAGAACUCUUGAAUGAAAUUCCUAAAUAUAAUGCUCUGGUUGUAAGAUCGGCCUCUCAAGUGACAAAGGAAGUGUUAGACGCAGGUUCUAAACUGCUAGUCGUUGGGCGAGCUGGUGCAGGAGUCGACAAUAUUGAUGUAAAUGCCGCUGGUCAGAAACAAAUCGGUGUUAUUAAUGCCCCAGGCGCCAAUGCAAUGAGUGCCUGCGAGCUCACCUGCGGGCUAAUAUUGAACUUAGCCAGGCACGUAGUUCCUGCUGCCUCAGCUUUGAGGGCUGGCCGUUGGGAGCGCGCCCAGUACACCGGCACAGAAGUAAAUGGAAAGGUACUGGCUAUCCUUGGACUGGGAAGAGUUGGCCGCGAAGUUGCUAUCCGAAUGCGCGCUUUUGGAAUGAAGGUUAUUGGCUUUGAUCCCUUCGUGUCGGCAGAACAAUGCAAGCAAAUUGAAGUAACAAAAAUGGAACUGGAUGAGAUCUGGCCUUUAGCUGAUUACAUCACGCUACACACGCCCCUCAUUGAAUCCACACGCAAUUUCAUCAAUGCAGAUGUGUUGAAACGCUGCAAAAAAGGAGUCAAAAUCAUUAACGUCGGGCGCGGCGGUCUGAUCAAGGAGAAAGAUUUCCUUGACGCUCUCAAUGCUGGACAGGUUGGUGGUGCUGCUCUCGACGUUUUUGAGCAGGAGCCACCUACAGAUCCCCUUACCUUGGAGAUUAUCCAGCACCCAGCUGUUAUUGCGACUCCACAUUUAGGAGCGUCAACAAAGGAGGCUCAAGUUCGGGUGGGACAAGAAAUAGCAGAACAACUGGUAAAUCUGGUGAAACCUGGUACAUACAACACGCCACUUGCUGAAGUUACUCGCGUCUUAUCCAAGUGAAGUCACGGGAUAUAACUUCCCAUAUAUAAAUAUAUCUGUAUUUAAAUUACUUUACGUAUGAUAUUACUUCAAAAUAUUUAAUAUUUUUGUAUCGACUGUUAGCUUGUAAUUUCUCAUUAAGUUCCAUAAAGUUUUAUUCUUAUAA